AUGCAUGAAAAGGCCGCUGUUACGGGCGUUCUUUUCUCGAUCUUCUUUCUUGGUCUGAUCCGCAAAGCAGCAACUACAGAUCAGUGUAACGGACCUCGCCAGAUACCCAUGCAGGGCAAGAUGCUGAAGGGACACAUCUAUGAAACCCGAUGGGUACGAUCCGGGUAUGCGGAGUGCUUGUUUAUAUGCAGAGAGGAAAAAGUCUGCCAAAGCUUCAACUUUGUGGCUAAUGAAAGCAAGUGUGAGUUCAAUAAUCGCACAAAGGAAGCCUGCAGUCCUGAGGAUUUUGUUCCCGACCUUCAUCGUCUUUAUGUCAAACUUGACGUCAGUAGAGGUAAAGAACUUUGAAACUGUUUUAAACGGUAUACAUCCGCUUUUUAAGCAUUUAUCACCUCGAAACAACUUUGUUUCACUUUCAGAUAGAUUUUUUAGUUAUUUUGUUGGCUUUAAAGGGGCUAUAUCACAAAGAAAAUUGCUGUUUUAAGUCAAUUCUGUGCUGAAGUCAUUACGUAGUGCCUUUAACCUUAAACAGAAUCAGUGCUCCUGUAGAGUAACGAGGAAGAUAUCAAACAUACUUCAUCAACAUAAUUUUUUUCAUGGCACAGCAUUACAAUUUGAAAAAAUUGGCCCAUUUUUUUUUUCAGUUCAGUUCAAUCCAUGUUCAUCCUUGCCAUCAGCCGCAACGGACACCAGGAAACAGUUUCAAUGCGUAUAAAAUACACUCUUAAAUACCAAAACUGGGCUAUUAUUUUUGGAAUUUAAUUGAUCCGAGUAUACGUUGUAGCAUUUUAUAACGAUGACAAAAAGCUUGACGUAGCUCUUUUCAGUUCUGUUUUGAUGCCAACAGUAAAUCCAUAGAAAGGUGAUAAUUCAGAGCGCUUAGUAUAAAAGCACGAUCCGAUCAAAAGCAUCGCUUCAAGGCAAAAAAACCUCUCUCCUCCCCUCUAGUAUUACAAAUUUGUCACGCCGAAGAUAAAACGAUCAUGCACAGACUGUUCGGUCUUUUUUCGGUAGCAUCACCUAGGACAAAGGGCUAUUGUUUUGGUGAAUUGGACCUGGUACAAUAGAUCAUUUCUUGAUACGACAUGUCACACAAGGCCACACCUAACGAAUUGACGAGAGCCCGAUUACUUGCAGACAAAUUAGAAACCAAAAUUAAAUAGUUUUAAAGUCCCUUUAUUGCGUUUAGGUUUAGCCUGUGUCGCGCGCGCCUUACGUUACCAUCCCCUUUCCACUCCAAACGCCCGCUUUUCAGGCUAUAUGGGAUUUAAUUUCGUUUUGUCAUGCCGAAAAGGAGAUAUUUCCUUCUACCUGGGUGCUGUUGUCAGUUUUGAAAAACGACCUACGCUUGUUCCUGUCAAAGGUUUUCUGAAGUUGUAAGAUUAAAUUAACCUAUAUUUACGCAGCAACAAACAUUCAAUGUUUUCGCUUAGCGCCUCUCUGGAAGUGACAUUGCUGAUUACAUACAAAAUCACGGACGAGCAGGAGUCUCGUAGUGCGAAGGUCGAGUGUAGGGAAUUUAAAACGAUCUUUUUGGGAUAAAAAAACAUGUCAAACUGAAACACCUUAACAAAAAAUACCCGCAACAAUAGACAUUUUAAAAAAGAACUGAACCAAAAAAUAUAAUUUUAUUUGAACGUAUGUAAUCAUGGUAACAACGUGAACAUUGAACUGUUGAUUUUAAAGUGUGCAAUAUUUAGACGGCUUGUUUUUUGUAAAUUCUAGUUCCCCUUGGUUCUAUUCCUGAGCUGCCAGCGACAUCAUGUCAGGAAAUAAACAAAAACGAAGGCAAAAAAUUGGACAGCGGCAAAUACUGGAUAUCUUUAAGUGGAACGAUUGUUCAUGUUUACUGCAAUAUG